AUGGCAUUUUGCAACCUGCGGCCCGACGUCCGCAGCCAGGCGGCAUGCGUGAGUGCAAGCCAGAAAGGUUUCAAGUGGAAAUGGGCCCUUGCAAUUCUGCAGAAUGCCUAUGUUGCCAUCUUGCGAUGUGAUAUUGUGAUGCACAAUGCUGCAGCCAGCGCCUGUGAAAAGAGAGCAGAGUGGGAGCUGGCAUCUCAAAUUGUGUGUUCUGCAAGAUGGCAUCGCUUGGCUGUGGACGCAUUCAGUCUCAGCGCAUCCGUCAGCGCCGGUGAAAAGGCCGCCAACUGGGAGUGGUCCCUGUGGAGCUUGUGGUCCGCUAGCGAAAUCGGUUGUAGCGGCAUCGGCUGCAAUGGUGGCAUCAGCGCUUGUGAGAAAUCAGCCCAGUGGUCGCUGGCACAUGCCUUACUGGACACUAUGCAUCAGAAGAACGUGCAAAUUAGCUGCGUUGGCUACAAUGCAGUGAUAAGCGCUUUUGCGAAAGCAAACGAAUGGCCUGGAGCUUUGUGUCAUUUCAGAACGAUUGUGUCAAAGCGCCUUUUUGAAGAUGCAAUUCCAUUCAAUGCAAUGAUCACAGCAUUGGAGAACAGCGGAAAGUGGGAGCUGGCCUUGCAGCUCCUGGAUGAGAUAUCUAAACACCGUGUGCAACCGGAUGAGUACAGCUAUAAUGCAGCCAUCAAUGCGUGUAAACAGAGCGUGCGCUUCAUAGGUCAGCAAAGAUCUGACAGAUCUGCCAGAGCACUUGAGAUUGAAAGGGUGCAGUAA